AUCCAUAACAAUGACGCGCCGCGGCUGUACCUGCAGUUUGCGCGCUUCGCAGCCAAGGACUUCACCGUUAUCAAGUGGUCCGACGGCUGGCCCAUCACGCACUGCCACAAUAUUGUGCUUGAGCUCGAGCGGAGUGCAAGCAGCUGAUGCGGCGGAGCUCACGAUAUUGUGUUGUUUUCUUUCAAAAAUGCUUCUCCCGACGACCUAUGUACAAGAGCAGUUACGUACUGUCAUCAAUAGAAAUACGGGUACCAGCGGGCGCCGGACGACGACGGUGGUGGAGGGGAAGAAACAGGAGCUACUACUCCGCCGUUCCGGCAGCAGCGCAGCCAUGCAGCGCUCACCGGUGGACAAACCGCCGUUCACGCUGGGGGACAUAAAGAAGGCCAUCCCGCCGCACUGCUUCCACCGCUCCGUGAUCAAGUCAUUCUCCUACCUGCUCCACGACCUUGCCAUCGCCGCUGGCCUCCUCUACUUUGCUCUGGUCGGCAUCCCUGCCCUCCCAAGCAUCCUCCGCCUCGUCGCCUGGCCGCUCUACUGGGCCGCGCAGGGCAGUGUACUCACCGGCGUGUGGGUCAUCGGGCACGAGUGUGGCCACCACGCCUUCUCGGACUACUUGCUCCUCGACAACCUCGUGGGCCUAGUGCUCCACUCGGCGCUUCUCACGCCCUUCUUCUCGUGGAAGUACAGCCACCGGCGGCACCACGCCAACACCGGCUCCAUGGAGAAAGACGAGGUGUACGUCGCGAAGAAGAAGUCCGCGCUGCCGUGGUACACCCCGUACGUGUUCGGCAACCCCGUCGGGCGGCUGGUGUACAUCGCCCUGCAGCUCACCCUCGCGUGGCCACUCUACCUCGCGUUCAACCUGUCCGGGCAGCCGUACCCACGCCUCGUCACCUGCCACUACGACCCCUACAGCCCGCUGUUCAGCGACCAGGAGCGCGUCCAAGUCCUCGUCUCCGACGCCGCCAUCCUGGCCGUGCUGCUCGCGCUGCACAGGCUGACGGCGGCGUACGGGCUCUGGUGGGUGGUGCGCGUGUACGGCGUGCCGGUGAUGAUCGUGGGCGCGCUGUUCGUGCUCAUCACGUACCUGCACCACACCCACCGGGCGCUCCCGCACUACGACUCCAGCGAGUGGGAGUGGCUGCGUGGCUCGCUCGCCACCGUCGACCGCGACUACGGCGUCCUCAACCGCGUGCUGCACAACGUCACGGACACGCACGUCCUCCACCACCUCUUCCCCAGCAUGCCACACUACCACGCCAUGGAGGCCACCAGGGCAGCGAGGCCCGUCCUCGGUGAGUACUACAAGUUUGACCGCACGCCCAUCAUCGAGGCAACAUGGCGUGAGGCCAAGGAGUGCAUGUACGUUGAGCCCAGGGAGCGCGAUGGUAUCUACUGGUACAACAACAAGUUUUAGCUACAGACAGGGGAUGAGAUUAAGAUAUGAUUAUAAGUUUUAUAUACUUGGGUAUGUCACUGCUUCUGAAUAAAUAUGGUGCUGGUCUCACAAUAAUUAAUUAAGGGGACCGGCCAACACAUUUUAGCUUAUCGGUCUCACAAAUCGCGUACCUUAGUCCAUUCCCAACCCAAUGACUACAAUAAUGUUCAUAGCAUUAAAUAAGCUGCCAACUAAGAUAAAAAAUGAUGUGACAAGUGAAUAAAUAAAUAAAGAUAAGAAAACCAUGUCUUGCAUGAGACAUGGUUUAUACACAACAUCCAAGACAUCAUGUGAGAUAAGUAGCAUUAAAUUUAAGUAUGGAAUGAUGAUGUUUGCAUUGUAAGAGUAGUGUCUAGUACUAGUUUCUUGAUGAUGUAGAGUUUAUAGAAACUAUGUCUAUUGUCUUGGGUUGGGAAUGGCCUUACAGUAUUCAAAUCAAUAAUCAUUAUUGUCCA